UGAAAGCGUUCUCGGCAACCAAGACUUCCGGAUAUUUUACAUGAUUUUACAGCUGUGACUUUUUCACAUUUUAUAUCAAAAUGUUUAAAAAAUCAAAACCUCUUGCCCUGAAAAGCAGUGCCUCUAUGAUCUGUAAUAAUCUGACAGUUUUAAAUAAUGCUGAUCGCGGUUCAUUGAAUUAUGCAUCAGUACAUAAAUAUUUGAUAAACAUGGUUUCCACCUCUACAGAUGGCUCACAAGUCACACACAAACAAGUUAUCUGUAAAGAACCGUCUGCUUCACAGCAAAGUAGUUCAAUGAUAAUGCAGACAAAGUGGGUUCACUUGGGUAAUGGUAGGACUAUACUUGUGUUAACAUCGUUAAAGGGUAUACAGAUGUUUGAAUAUGAUGGUUCAUCAAUGAUAUACUGGCAUGCCACGUGUGAUGCAUCAACUGACUCAAAUGAAACUUCAAAUUUUGGAAGAGGCAUUGCUGCAGCUUCAGAAAGUCUAGUAUGUGUGGGAACUCAGCAAGGUGCAGUCUUAGUUUUUGAUGUCCCUGUAAAAGGCACCAAUGUCUCUGUAACAGCUACAUGUCAAGGUCAUACCAGUGCUAUAUGUGACUUGGCCUCGGAGGGCGAUGUUCUAGUCAGUGCUGAUGAGGAUGGUAACAUUAUUAUUUGGAAAACCUCUGGCAGCAGUGUUCAGCAGACUGUCAAAAUACCAGGAAAUGGAGACCCAUGUACUUCUCGGUAUUUUUGGAAGGGUAUAAUAGUGGCUGCAUUUGGAAAUGGUCAGUUGUGUCUAUACACAACUGCUGGUAAACUAGCAUCUACAGUGAACGCCCAUGCUAGGUGGAUUAAUGCUAUAGAUAUUGCUAAAGAAUCUGGAAUGGUUGUGUCAGUAAGCGAGGACUCCUAUGCUAGAGUAUGGCAGUUGAUCCCUGGAAAUCCACCCAUUAUUGAGUUUAAGUUUGCGGAGGCGGUGACGGACCAGCAGCUUGUAGGCGCCCAGUUUGUUCAUCCCGCUGGCCGAGGAUUUGUUGUAUCUGGAUACGAUAGCUCCGACCUCAAUUUCUUUGUGCAAUAGCACAGUAUAAUAAUAGAAUAGGGAAUUAGAAUUUGUUAAUUUUAAUGAAAAGAAAUCAAAUCAUGUGAUGUAAAGUUAUGUAAAAGAAUCUCCGACAUAUUUUGGUUGUGAAAAAAAGAAAUUAGGUUGUGAGUUAAUAAAAGUAAAUUAGUAAAUUAAAGUAGGUAUUAUAAUACUGAUUUUAGGGCUAGUUCUAGAAUUAUAAGAAUGAUCAUUAAUAGUUUAUUUUAAUAGAAUUUAUGUAAUGUAAUGAGGUUUCAUGCUGAUUGGCAUUGUUCUGAGCCAAUUUUUUUCUGCUUAACAGUUUAUGAGUAAAGUAUUUGUAUCAUAUUAAUGACGGAACAGAAAUUGCCAUUUUUGUUUCGAAGAUAAAUUGAGCAAUUAUAAUUGCUUUGGCAUCAUCAUUGUUGUGCAAAAUUUUUGAAGCAGACCAUUACUCAAACAAUUUUAAAAGUAUCAAUAUGAAACUUGAAAUGCUUGCUUAUCAUGACAAGGCACAGAAGUUUGACCAGGGGACAUCAUUCUUAAAGCCAAAUUUUUGGAGUUAUGCCCCUUUUUAACUUAGAACUUUGAACAGACGACCUCUAACACCACAUGCAAUGCUCUUGUUAACAAUUAGAUCUUACUUAUAGGAAAGUCUUAUUAUUUUCCAAUGCCUUUUACAGAAAGUGUAUCUUUUGUCAUUAAAUACUAAGAAAAAUAGAUGAAUAAAAUAUGUGGUUAACUUUUCAUGUUUAUAUAUAGGGGGGGUCAGUUACUGUACUGUAGUGUUUUAAGCUAAUUUAUGUGUUAAUCUAUAUUUGUAUUUAAUAUCUUUGUGAGCUUAUUUAUUAAACCUUUUUCUCAAUUCCUGUGCAUUGUUACAUUUCCAGAAAUGUUGCGGUUGAGCAAGGCCUCUUUUUAGCUAUGUGAGAGUAUCCAUAGGUGUUAUGGAUGUUUUCGUUUUAAAAAUAACACCUGGCAUAAUAUUAACAUAUCAGAUUUUUGCGUUAGGCAAAGAAAACCUCAUAUUUUUCUUGUUUGUAAAUCUAUUUAUAUUUUUUGAUAACUUAGCUUUAUUAAUUUUGAAAUCCAAAUUUAGAAUGUGUAGCUUUUUAUAGAAGCUUGAUCAAAAUGGCUCAUAGUUAUAGUGGAUUUGUUGUUUGAGAAGAGACUAUAGUUAUUUAUAUUUCAUCACAUAUACUUACAUGCUUUUUUUUAUAUGUACAUGACUGUAAACAGUGCUUGUAAGAUAAACCACAUAUAUCGGUUUUACAGGGUAUGAUUGCUUAAGUUUAACAAAUUAACUAAUACAAGUGUUCAUUUUAUUGUAUGAAUUAUCUGUGAAAAAAUGUAUGUUGUUGAAAUGUCCCUUCUUGAAAAUGAGAAUUUUUCUAGUUACUUUUAAACACCACUCAAACUGCAGAUUGAAAGUGUUAGUGCAAGAAAGUGUUUCAAAAAUAUAUUGUUUACCACCAGUCACGUGAACUACAUAUGUACUUGUUUAAGAAAACAUGCAUGUGUGAAAAAAGAAAAUGUAUGAAAAAUAUGAACCAAUGAGAAAAAGGUACUGAUUUGUAUUUAUUUCUAUAUCAUUGACCUUUUUAAAGUGAUGAUAUAAUAGGUAUAUGUAUGUUUUACAUUUUGGAUAAUUUAUAAAUAAACAUGUUUUAGGUUUUCUGUUCCUGUCAUAAAACUAAAUUAUUUUUUAAGAUAAUUACAUUUGCACAUGUAUUUUACUAAAAUAAUUCAACUUGCCAAUCUUUAGGUAAGCUGCACUUUACCAAAAGGUCUUGUCUUGUAAAGGUAUCAUUAAGAAAGGAGAAUUGUUAUUGAUAUGAGUGUGUUGAGAGACUCCCCUUUUGAAGUACUUGAAUAUUUCCAUUAUUACCAAUGUGUCUAUCCAUUUUGUAGUAAAUGUGUAUAAUUAUAUUGAAUUAGGUAUCAAAAUUGAAUAACAUUUUUUUCCCCAAGACAAUUCAGCCCAUAUGUUCAAUGAGUCAAAUGGUAAACUGUUUGUUAUAUUUAGUAACCCAGACCCCCGUCUUAUAACAGGGUCAGACUAAUAGUUGAGUAAAUACACUUUUUUUUCUUCAUAGAAACAAAAUUUGUUUUCCAGUCAUGGAUUUCAUGUGGAUAUUAUUACUUUUUUAUGUGAAAUUGUAUGUUGCAGCUUUUUUAUGUGGUGGUGGUUGUAGAGUUGUGGCCCUUGACUUUUUCCAAUUUUGCAAGAGAGAAAUGGUUUUUUUGGUUUUGAGGACAAAAAUAAGAUUUAAAUUACUGUAAUUUAUCGUAAAAUUUUCAUGCUACAUUUUUAGAUAGGUAAAAUAUAAUAUAUUUAUUAUAUAUCUUAGCCAUAAUUUUGUGUGCUAUUGUUUUGAUUUAUAUAUAUAAAACUGUUGCUUGACAAAACCAUUGCCUUGAAAUUUACUUCUGUUUGCCUUAGUAUAAGUAAACGAAAUAUUUUCUAACAAUAUACAGUCAAACGUGUGAACAAAGACGACCCAAUGGAUACACUAAUAAUGGUAUGUAAAGACAGGUUAGACAGAUGGUCUUUAUCUGGAGUUACUUUAUUCCAUUUAAUCAAUGAAGGGUUGUCAAAAUGUGGCCUUUUUAUAUGCAGGGUUAUCCAUACUCAGAGGUGGUCAUUAACACAGGUUUGACUGUAGACACAAAAACCCUACAAAUUUCAUGUAAUUUCUCUCAAGUGAUUAUCAUAAGUUGAAAUGUAAUAAGUAAUUGUCUGUGAAAAUACAAAAAUAUAUAUCAUAAAGUUCUACAAUAUGUAUUACAUAUUUAUGAGGAAAAAAACUGACAAAUUUUGCUAUUCUAAAAGGUUUUUUAUUUCAAUAAUAAAAUCAAAAAACCAACAAAACAGAAAGUUUUCUAAAAUUAAUGAUAUACAGUAAGAAAAAUAGAUAAUAUAUCACAAGUAAAUUGCUUUCAUUCAUCAGUUAUCAGUAAAAAAACACAUAUAUACAAUUGAUGAACUGUAGUAUUUUAUUUAUUAUGUUAAACUAAAGACAUGUAUAAGUUUACAAAUUGUCUGUCAAAAAUAUGAUAUCUAUCUUCCAUUUAGUCAAACCUCUAAUGGGGACCAAGACUUUGUUUUGCAGGUGCUUAUUGUGUAAUUUUGCAUUGUUGUUUUUAUCUGUUGCACUUAAAUGACCUGUGAUGAGUCACAUAAUGGACCAUUUUUUUUCUCACAUAUUUUCAUGUAUUCACCUUGUAUAUUUUUUUUAAAUUAAUUUUUGUAAUUAAAAAUGCACAUUGUUCUUGAAAUUGAAUUGAAUGAUAAAAUAUUUAGUCAGUGUAUACUUUAGGGAAGUUAAUAAUUAAGCAAGGAGAAAUGUUUUUAACUGAAUAAAAGUUGAAAAUGGACAUUUUGGUAGCUACCACUAUAUUUGAUUUUUUAAUUAAUACAUGUAUCUGGGAAGACCUAUUUCAGUCUACUCAGGUAAUAUUAAACUUAUUAAAAUGUUUGAGAUAUAUAAGUAAAAGAUUUUAAAAGUGUUAAAUAUUUUUUCUUACAAUUAUUGUCCUUUGUCAUUUAAGUAAUUGAUUUUGUUCCAU